AGUGGUGGAGUUCAAACGCUUCCAGUAACUUCGCAAUUACAUAUUUGCUCCCUCAAAAGUCAAAAGUUAAAAUGGUUCAAAUCAAACUUACUUACCUUUUCUUUGCUUUCUUGGCCAUUGUGGCUCUGUGCUGCAACACGGCCCAAGCUGACUGCCUCUCUGGCAGAUAUAAGGGUCCUUGCGCAGUCUGGGACAAUGAGACCUGCCGACGGGUUUGCAAGGAGGAAGGACGAAGCAGUGGACACUGCAGCCCCAGUCUCAAGUGCUGGUGCGAGGGAUGUUAAGCCAACAACAACCCAAUCUAUACUUUUUUGUAUCAUUGAAAUGUGUAAAUAAAUCAUAGGCUGUAAAAAGCCUAUUUGAUUCUUAAA